AUGAGCUUUAUUACCAAACUACUGGGUGUAAUAUCCCCUUUCUCAAUAGAUUGGUCUUAUAGGAAACUUGUUCGAAAAACAACAUCUGCUCCUAGCAUGGUUAAACAAGGGUGUACCAAACGGCUACAUAUUUACUUAUUUUCAAUUUCUCAACGUGGUCGUCCGGUUUUCUUAUCGGAAUUUGGAGCUGGGUGUGGAGGGUCAUCUGGAAAUCGGGAUCUGUGUUGGCAUCUUACCUCAUCGUCAGAAGUCUUAAAACGCUAG